AUGUAUAUAAGCAAGAAAAGCGCUUGCCAAAUAUAAAAAAGGAAAAGGUACGAUAAGAAAAAAAAAUUAUUCAGUUAAGCUCUUUAGGUCAAGGGUAUAAAAUAAAAAUCGAACAUAUUUGUUAAAAAUAAAAAUCGAAAAACAAACUCUAUAUUAUUAGUAUUCUUUAUAGAGAAUAAUUUUAUAUAAAUACCAAAAUCUUUUUUUUCAUUAGACAUAAUUUAAUAUAUGAUUAAGAACAACCUAUAGAUUUUUGUAGUGUUGGCGAUUUUAUUUGUUGCACAUGGAAACUAACAGAUAUGCACGUGUAAACAAUUAAAAUCAGAGCAAGACUGCUCUAAAUUCCCACUUCAAUAUUGUGAGUGGAAGAAUAAUAGUUGUGAGGUUUCAACCUAGCCCACAUAAAAUCCAGUUAUAGAGGGUAAGCCUUUUUGCUCUCAAUAUGCACUGUAACAGGAUUGUCAAAAAGCCUUUAUUUGUACAAACUGUUAGAACAAACAACUAAUAUGCGAUGGAUGUUUAAAACAAUAUCCUUGUGUAUGGGAAGCCUCGUAGUGCUAGUUCUUUACUGGGUGCUCUGCAUACGUGCUUAAAUCACAUGCAGAAUGCAAUCUUAUAUCAUUAUAGUGCACAUCAGAUCUAACUUAGUGUAUUCCUGUAGGGGAGUGCACUGAAUAUAAUACAGUUGAAGCUUGCUAGCAAAAAAACAUCCAUGGCCAAUAAUGUACAUGGGAUCCUUAAUUGGGAUGUAAAGAACUUUCCAGCUGCUCAGAAAUUUCAAAGUUAUUAUCUACAAGUCAUGAUGCUUGUAAUAGUCAAUUGAGCAAGUGUACUGUGAAUAAUAACUCUCAGUGUGUUGAUUUGUCAUCAGAAUGUGGAGAUUAUUCAUUUGAAGAUCAAUGUAAACUGACGUCAUCUUCAGUUAAAUGCUAAUGGUCAAAUGGCACCUGUAGAGAAGUGACUUGUGAAGAUGCUCCAAUACAUUAUACUUACUUUGAAUGCAUAUCAUUUAUGAAGAUCUGCACAGCUAAAAGUGGGGGAGGAUGCCAAAAAAUUACUUACUGUUAAGAUAUAAAAAACCAAAGUGACUGUCAAAACAAAGAAGAUACAAGUGGAAAACCUUGUUUUUGGGUAAGCACCUUUAGUCAAUGCGUAAUCCAUGAAUGUAGUUAGGCUCCAUUAGACUAUCAGACAGAUAAAUAAUGUUAAUCCUUCAAAAGUGAGUGUGUAACUAACGAAGGAAUUGGCUGUAAGUUGAAUACUGGAUGCAGUGCCAUAGCAACACAACAAGAAUGCAACACCACUAAGAGUGCAGAAGGCAAGGAUUGUAUGUGGGAAGAUUCUUGUGUUGAAAAGGUCUGUGAAAAUGCAUCAACUAAGUUGACCACACAUGAGUAGUGCGAGAAAUUCCUGUUCUCGUGCACCACUGACUAUGGCUAUGGAUGCCAAACUAAAACUUGUAAGAAUGCUCCAGAUACAUUGAAAACAAAUGAAGAUUGCGAAAGAUAUCUUCCUGAUAAUCAUUGCAUUACUAGAAGUGGAGGGGGGUGCAUUCAAAAUGAUUCUUGCUCCAAAGUCAGUAUAGAAAUUGCUUGUGUGAAGGAUAUUAACGGAGCAGAUUGUUAAUGGUAUGAAUAAACUGAUAAAUGUAUUACUAAGUAAUGUAAUAAAGCACCAACGACAAUCAACACAUAAGAUUAAUGUUAGACCUUUUGGUCGAAAUGCAAAGUGAAUUCAUCAGGCACUGGUUGUGAAGACAAAAUUUGCGAGAAUUUCUACGAAUAAGAUACUUGCAAAGGACAAUUGGAUUUUUAUGGAAGAACCUGCUCAUGGAGAAAUAAAUGCAUUCCAAAAACUUGUCAGAGUGCCUCAAAAGAGAUCAAAACACAUGAAGAUUGUAAUGCUUAUUUAAGCACUUGUACUUUGUCUAAAACUGGUAAAGGUUGUAUGUCGCUUCCUUUGAAAUGUGAGAUGAUAGAGUUGGAGGAAGGAUGCAGAUUAAGGCAAUCUAUUGGUCUAAAUUCUACUGGCAACAACACAAAAGAGUGUGCUUGGAAAAACAACAAAUGCUAAGAUAAAUCCUGCUCUACUGCACCCAUAACCAGGGACUCAAAUAUAGCCUGCCAGGAUUACAUGAAGGGUUGUUACGUAAACAAUGAUAAAAGAGGAUGUUGGGUUUUGCCAGAAUGCAGUUUAAGAGCCCUUUAGGAAACCUGCGAAAUUCCAAACACUUUUGAUUGUGUUUGGGAUGAAGGCAACUCAAAGUGCUUAGUAAGGAAUUGUGUCUCAACUCUAUUUAGUAUUGAUAGAGCCAAUUAUAAGACGGCAUAAAGUUGCAACCAAUACAGGUUGAAUUCAUCCAAUUGUCCUAAGCCAGAUGGCAUAGGUUGCUGCACAUUAAAUGAUCUAGGGUUGGGAUGUAUGAAGAAACCUGAUGUUUGUUCUCAAUUGAAAACAAAAGAUAAUUGCAGGGAAAAGAGUCUCUAUUUAGAUGGGGAUUGUUUAUGGACAGGAGAUGCAUGUGUGACAAAAUCUUGUACUGCUUUAAAUCUAAAGAUAUACUCUUUAAGUUACAAUCAUUAAAAUUGUUAUUAAACAUCAUACAACUCAUGCACCGUUAAUGAUGAUGGAACUGCUUGCGCUCCAUUUAAAUCAAACUGUUCAUCAUAUACACCCACUGAGCAAUGCAAUAUUGACUCUAAUGGUAAUGAGUGUGUAAUCAGAUACAAUUAAACAACUUAAAAAUAUACUUGCGAUAUGAAGAAUUGUGGAGAUGUGGCUUCUAGUUAGUAUAAUUCAUUUGCUGCUUGUCAGGAAUACAGUGAAACAUGCACGGUAAUUGCAAGGGUAAAUGGAAAAGGUUGCAUAAAAAAACAGGAAUAUUGUUACAAUUAUCUUUUCCCUGAAUAAUGCUUUAAGAAUCUGGCUGGGCAAAUGUGUGUAUGGAACGGUAAAAGGUGCUGGGAUCAAGAUAAAGUUGAUUGUUCAAAACUCGUAUUGAUAAAUUAUUCGACAUAAACUUGUGAAGAUGUUGCUUUCUAUUGUAAAGCUAGUGAUGAUAAAAAAGCAUGUGUUUUGAAAACAUGCUUCGAUUAUACCACUUAAACAGGAAAAACUGGAGGACCACCAAUAUCUUCAUUAACUCAUUGCUAAAAUUUAAAAGCUAAUAAAGUUGGAUGCUCGAUUAAUAAUACUUUGACUGGUUGUGUUCCCGAAAAAGAUCGUUGCGCUUAAUAUACACCAUAAGAAUGCUAUAAUGCUGCUGUAGAUAAGCUUUGUGUGACAAAUGGGGCAUCGUGCUAUAUGUAAUAUACAACUUGUAGCACUUGGUAGGAAGACAAAGAUGCAGAUUGUAAGAAAAAUAGAGAGUUUUGUAAAUACCCCAUAGAUGGAAUUGGUAAAGUAGCUUGUGUCAAUAGAUCUUGUGAUGAAAAGACUGGUGUAAAUCUGACAGAGUAAACUUGUCAUUAAUUUGAUUAAACAUGUACUGUUAGUAAAGAUAAAACGAAAUGUAUAUUGAUUUAGUCUAGUUGUGGUACUUACAAGGAUGAGAACUUAUGUGUAAAGUCUGAAUAAAGUAAUUGCAUUUGGUAAGUGGGUACUACGAGUGAGUGUGUUGGUAUUACAAACUUAUCCGAUGCAGAUAAGAAUUGCUCAUACAAAAAAGGAUCAGGAUUAACCUAUCAAGAUUGUUAAGACUUUAGCUCAUUUUGUAGUGUCAACCGAGCAGGAACUGAAUGUGUGGCUAGAAAGUAAUGUGGAGGAUAUGAAACUAGAGUUUCUGAUUGUUAUAGAAGUCAGGAUGAAUUAUGUGUCUAGUCCACAUAAAAUGAUGCAGAUGCGAAAUGCUAAUCCUCUGCUGGAGUGACCUGUGAAUAGAUUUUUCUUGGAAAAGAUACUGUUUAUACUUUUGACAAAUGCAGUCAAAUCAACAAGAAUUGUACAAAUUAAGGUACUUCAGGUUGUACUCUCAAAACUUGCUAGAAUGCAGUUGGACCCUUCUCACAUGAUAAAUGUGUAGCAUGGAAGAGUGCAUGCACUGUGAAUGCUUCAAACAAUGGAUGCAUAGAAAUGAAGAGCAAUUGUUUGAGUUAUCCUUCCAAUUAAUGUUUAAGAUCUGUUCUUGAAGGGCCAUGUAUGUUGGAUGUGAAAUAAAAUAUAUGCAUAAAGAAAACUUGUUACUCUUCUGAUGAUACUUUAACAAGUGAUGCCUAAUGUGAAUCAUAUAUGUCAACAUGCACUGUAGCUUAAGCGGGAGGCUGUAUGUCUAGAAGCUCUUGUGAUUCUUACAUAUCGGAGUUACAAUGCAUUGUUGAUCAAUAAAAUCAAAUCUGCUUUUGGAAUCCAACCUUGAAAAAAUGUGUAAAUUUUGAAUGCAAAUCAAUAGAAAAAACAGACAAAUAUGAUUCUCAUGACGAAUGCUACGAGUUAAAUAAUAUUUAUGAUCCCAAAAAGCAAAAUAAAUUUUAAAGAUGCACUGUCAAUUUUGUGGUAGAUCCUAAUAACUAAACAGUCUCGUAUCCAAGUGGAUGCAUGAAUUUAUAAGCAUGCAAUGAAUACCGUCACUAAGAGCAGUGUGUUAUUGAUUCAACUGGCUAAUAUUGUCAUUGGAACACAGAUAAUCCUGAAAAUUUUUUCUGCGAAUAGAUUUCAUGUUAAUCGGCUGAUCCAAAUAAAUAUUAAACACAUAAGGCAUGCACUGAGCUGCAAUUAAAUAAAUAAACUUAAGUUUAAGACAAAUGUACUGUGGGUGUCACUGAAAUAGCACCAGGAGUCCUUUCAGCUUAUGGAUGCCGAAACAGAGAUGCAUGUGAAGAAUACAAAAUCGAAGAUCAAUGCAGAUUCAGUUCCACAGGUCAAGAAUGUAAGUGGGAUAGUAUUAAUUCAGCUUGUUACACGAGAUUGUGUAGUAAAGCACCAUAAAAUUUCACCACUCAUGAACGUUGUAGUGAUUUUGCACCUAAUUGCACUCUCAGUUAAACCUUGGCUGGAUGUAUGGAUUUGACUCCAAAAUGUGAGGAUUACCAAGUUAAAUCUUAAUGUACUAAGAGUGUAUAUGGUGAUUUAUGCUUUUGGAAUGGCGCUUAAUGUGUAACAAGAUUAUGCAGUAAUACACCAGAUGAUUUAGAUGGAGAGUGCUCCUCAUAUUUAAAUACUUGUGAAAGUAGUGGAGACUAAAGAUGUGUCACAAUUGACUGUGAAUAGUAUUCCUUUGUGACUGAUAUUGCUUGUAAAUAAGCAGGCCUGGGAGGAUAAUGUACCACUGAUGGAACUCGAUGUGUUUUGAGGACAACCUGUGAAGAUGCAAGAACUCAAGAUGCUUGUAGAGUCAAUAAUUUAGGGCAACAGUGUGUUUGGAAUCAACCCACAGCAACAAGUGAUGCUUACUGUGAAAUAAGCAUUUGCGAACUGGCAUCGGUAACAGAUUAUGUCAGUGAAAUACAAUGUAGAUCUUACAAUUCUCAAUGUACUCUUAAAAAAUCAGGAGGUUGUAAGUAAAUUUAAGAUUGCAACACUUUUGAAUCGGAAGCUAGUUGCACCAUUUCCAAAGAUGGUAAAGUAUGUGUUUGGGACAAGGAUAAAGGUUGCAGGAGUAAUGACUGUACAGAUCUAACUGGUACAGAUCAUUUCAAAUGUAAAAAGCAAAAUAGAUAAUGCACGACUUCCAAAACUGGACAAUGUGUCAAUAUGGCAGCUACCUGUGCUGAAUAUUAGAUUGAAGGAAGUUGUGUUGAAACUUCUGAUGGUCUACCAUGUUUGUGGGUUAAAGCUUUGCAGAAUGUAAACAAUCCUUUAGGACAGUGCAUACAAUAUUUGAAAUGUGAAGAUAUCCCUUUGACAACUGAUGCAUAAUGCAAAAGUGUAUUAUCAAAAUGUACAUCUAAUGGUACAACCUGCACACCCAUCAAAAAAUGCGAAAAUCUGAAUUCUACUAACUGCAAUAAAGGCUCUGAUGGAUUAUGCAUGUUGGCUCUUAAAGAUGCCACUUCAACAACUAAAACAUGUAUGAUAUUCAAAUCAUGCAGUGAUACUUUCUAUAAAACACAUUCAGAGUGUUAAGGAGUAAGCCCAACUUGCACUACUAAUGGAAUUCAAUGCAUGGAUGUGAAAUCAACUUGUUAGGAUUAUACUGAUAAAUCAUCGUGUUUCAUCAAAAAGGUUGAGAAUACUAAUACCUCAACAAGUACUAAUGUUUGUGUCUGGGAUGGGUCUUGUAGGAAUUAAGCCUGUGCAGAUAUUAAUGGAUCCGAUCAUUAAUUCUGUAAUUCAAAGAUGAGUUCUUGCACUUCUGAUGGUACGAAAUGUAUGAAUAUUUUAACUUGCGAGUCAUACAAAACCAGAGCUUAAUGCAGCAAUGGGUAUGGAAGAAGUUAGGGAUUAAAUAAUAAUCCGUGCUAUUGGACAGAUGUGAGUUAAACUUCUGGAUCUUAUUGUAGAGUUAAAGCUUGUAUUGACAUAUUUUCGCCAUCCACAGCCUCUUGUUCCAAUAUUACUACAUGUGUUUAUGAUGCAACUAAUUAAAGUUGUAUCACUAAGUAAAACUCUUGUAGUUCAUAUCAAGAUUAGAAUGCCUGUAAUUCAGGAACAUUAAGUUCUACAACUUGUUAUUGGGCUAAUAGUAAGUGUUCAGAUGUUACUGGAUGCGAAGUAAUAACUGAGUAGACUAAGUGUUUAUCACUUAGAGGAUGUAGCUAUAUCACUUCAAAUGGUACUUCUAAGUGUGUUCCCUAAGAUUGCUAAAGUGUUUACUAGUAGACAAAUUCUUGCAAGUUUAUCUAAACAUUUAAUUCAGAAGCAACGAAAACUUGCAUGAUAUAGAAUGGAUAAUGCACAUCAGCGGAACCGUCUAUUUUAACUUAGGAUACCUGUCUGAUCAAUUCAAAUUACGCAUAUACUUGGAGUGCAGCUAAGUCUAGAUGUGUUAUUUGUGAGGACACUAAUACUACUACCCCCAACGACACUGAUAACAAUACAAUUACAGAUGACUCAGCUUUGAAGAUCAGCACAGUCUUAAUGUUUUUGGCUAUGAUUGCAGGGUGA